GCCGCCCCCGGCGGCUGGCGCGGGCGGUGCAGCAUGCGGCAAAGCUCUUUGCAUAAAUUAUGCUCAUGACGCAGCAGCUAAAAAAAUCCAAGUAGCAGAAGGAGGGAAAAAAGGGGGGGAGGGAAAAAGGGGGGGGUCGUGGAAGGGGGGAACGAAGAAAAAUAUAUACCUGACCGCCCCCCCCCCCACCCGGCUUCCCCUUCCCGCUUCCCGGCCGUCCCCCCUCCGCCCGGCGUAGCCCGCGGAGCCCCCUUCGGCUCUGCCCAGCCCAGGCCGGGGGCCUGGGGGCGGCGGCGGGUCCCGACCAGCUCCCGGGCCGAGCGGAGCCCAGCCAAGCCGCACUGGCUUCUUUGUCUGCGGGCGGCGGCCGCCGUGGCCCCGGCCCCGGCCCCCCUGGCCCGGGCUGUGAGAUGAAUCUCUAAUCGGUGGCCGCCAGGCACCCGCGGCGAAGGCGGCUCGGGCUCGGGCUCCGUAGAUGCCCUGUUGUCCUACAAAGAUUGGCUGCUGCUGCCUUACGCCUAAUGACCUUUGGAGUUGGAAAAUUCUUCUCCCCAUGAAAUGAAGUGCUAGGUGUGGGCCGGCCCCCACCCGACCCUGACAAGUGACCAUGGAUCCUGGAGCCGGGUCAGAGACAUCUCUGACUGUCAAUGAGCAGGUCAUCGUGAUGUCAGGUCAUGAGACUAUCCGAGUGCUGGAAGUCGGAGUGGACGCCCAGCUCCCCGCUGAGGAAGACAGCAAAGGGCUGGAGGCUGUGGCCGCCGAGGGCUCCCAGCGCGGAGACCCUGCUGAAGCCAGUCAAGCUGCUGGUGAAGCUGGGCCAGACAACCUGGGCUCCUCUGCAGAGGCAACUGUGAAGUCACCCCCGGGGAUCCCUCCGAGCCCUGCCCCUGCCAUUGCCACCUUCAGCCAAGCCCCAAGCCAGCCUCAGGCAUCGCAGACCCUCACGCCACUGGCUGUACAAGCUGCCCCCCAGGUCUUGACUCAGGAAAACUUAGCCACAGUUCUGACAGGAGUUAUGGUUCCAGCAGGGGCAGUUACUCAACCUCUUCUUAUCCCCAUCAGUAUUGCAGGUCAAGUGGCUGGUCAGCAGGGGCUGGCCGUGUGGACAAUUCCUACAGCAACCGUGGCUGCCCUCCCAGGACUGACCGCUGCUUCUCCUACGGGGGGAAUUUUCAAGCCACCUUUAGCCGGUCUCCAAGCAGCUGCUGUGCUGAACACCGCUCUUCCGGCACCCAUACAAGCUGCCGCACCAGUACAGGCCUCCUCGACGGCCCAACCCCGGCCACCAGCCCAGCCCCAGACGCUGUUCCAGACCCAGCCGCUGCUGCAGACCACACCUGCCAUCCUCCCGCAGCCCACUGCUGCCACCGCUGCUGCCCCUACCCCCAAGCCAGUGGACACCCCCCCACAGAUCACCAUCCAGCCUGCAGGCUUCGCAUUUAGCCCAGGAAUCAUCAGUGCUGCUUCCCUCGGGGGACAGACCCAGAUCCUGGGGUCCCUCACUACAGCUCCAGUCAUUACCAGCGCCAUUCCCAGCAUGCCAGGGAUCAGCAGUCAGAUCCUCACCAAUGCUCAGGGACAGGUUAUUGGAACCCUUCCAUGGGUAGUGAACUCAGCUAGUGUGGCGGCCCCAGCACCAGCCCAAAGCCUGCAGGUCCAGGCCGUGACCCCCCAGCUGUUGUUGAACGCCCAGGGCCAGGUGAUUGCGACCCUGGCUAGCAGCCCCCUGCCUCCACCUGUGGCUGUCCGGAAGCCAAGCACACCUGAGUCCCCUGCUAAGAGUGAGGUGCAGCCCAUCCACCCCACACCAACCGUGCCCCAGCCUGCUGUGGUCAUUGCCAGCCCAGCUCCAGCAGCCAAGCCAUCUGCCUCUUCUCCUAUCCCAAUUACCUGCUCAGAGACCCCCACCGUCAGCCAGUUGGUGUCCAAGCCACAUACUCCAAGUCUGGAUGAGGAUGGGAUCAACUUAGAAGAGAUCCGGGAGUUUGCCAAGAACUUUAAGAUCCGGCGGCUCUCCCUGGGCCUUACACAGACGCAGGUGGGUCAGGCUCUGACUGCAACGGAAGGUCCAGCCUACAGCCAGUCAGCCAUCUGCCGGUUCGAAAAGCUGGACAUCACACCCAAGAGUGCCCAGAAGCUAAAGCCGGUGCUGGAAAAGUGGCUAAACGAAGCCGAACUGCGUAACCAGGAAGGCCAGCAGAACCUGAUGGAGUUUGUGGGAGGCGAGCCCUCCAAGAAACGCAAACGCCGCACCUCCUUCACCCCCCAGGCCAUAGAGGCUCUCAACGCCUAUUUUGAGAAGAACCCGCUGCCCACAGGCCAGGAGAUCACCGAAAUUGCUAAGGAGCUCAACUAUGACCGUGAGGUCGUGCGGGUCUGGUUCUGCAAUCGGCGCCAGACGCUCAAGAACACCAGCAAGCUGAACGUCUUUCAGAUCCCUUAGGGCUUAGCCCCUGGCCCUGUGUUCCAGCACUUUGUCCAUGUCCUGUGGCACCUGGCUGCAGCCACUGCCAUGACAGCACCUGUCAUCUUGCCACAUGCAGCUGUGCUCACCCCAGGUCAUCAGACUCCACCGUGUGCAUGUGCAUCAAUGUCCCUCUUUUCUCCCACACAUCUCACAUCAUGGGGAGGCCAGAGGGGGCCACAUGAGAGCUCCAGGCUCUGGGCUGGUCACUCCGAAGAAGAGGAUUUGUGUUGUCACUUAGAGAAGCACCCUGCUAGCAUGGUUUCUGAAGGGUGAAUUCUGGUGGGGAACCAGAAACUCCCUGUCUUUGGGUCAGGGCUGAAGCAGCUCCUAAGGACCACUGGCCAUUAGCUCUUGCUUUGGACAGCGUUCUCUUUCCACCUUCUCUUCUCCUUUGCUCCUCUGCGUUAGUGUGGCAGGUAUGACCACUCAUCCAGUGGAACCACAGCCUCACACUGCCCUUCCGCCCCCACACUUUUCCUGCAGGCGCACCGAAAGGACCCAGGAGAUACAAUUCAAAAAAAGUGUGAUGUGCUGCUCAGAAGGUCAGACUCAAUGUCUGCCUUGACCUCAAGGUCAGAAGGUUCCCAAACCCCUGGGGCUGGAACAUGGGAUCUCCUCUCCCACCUCUUCCUGGUUCCUUUGCGGGGAAAAUUGCACUAAAACAGAACGUUUUCUUAAUCCAUGUUGGAAGGAAGCAACAGUGAACUCUACCUGUCCUGGAGUUGUCCUGGGUCAGCAGAAGGUUGGGAAUUUAGAAAAUCGGGCUGUUCUUUCAUGUUUUAAUCUAAUCUCUGUCAAUGGCCAUCCCUCCCACAAAAAAACGUGGGUUAAGAGAACUUGCAGACUGGAUGUGCAAGCAAAUGGGCAACUCUGGAGAAAAAUAAGGACAGGAACGCUGACUUUCUCUUUCUUUCUCUUGUCCCCACACCCCUUCCCAACCCAAUACUGGGGCCUUCUCAAAAGGAGCAAAUUAAACAAUAAACCAGACAGCAAGGCCCUGGGGGAAAGGACAACAUCCUGAAAUAAAUCAUGGCGCCCAGGAAGGUCUCUUGUGGAAGUUAA